GCUUGGGGCAAGAUGCGUGUUGGCCGGUGUUGUGCCUCCGCACGUUUGGAAGUUGGGGGCUGGAGGGGCCUCGUCGGGUUACAGCUUCGCCCCUUUUUCUCUCAGCCCUUCCUCCAAGUCUGUCCACCUUUUGCCACCUCCUUUCCCCACCCUGGGCCUCCCCUGGAACUCACGAAAUAUCCUUUAAAAAGAGGCCCUCAGAAGGUUCUUCUCUUAAGAAGAUAAAGAAGGUAGUGGGAACAAGCCUCCUGAGCUUUUCCAGCCCUAAAUGGCUGCAGAAUCAAGAAAGUCUGUAGCCCCAUCCCCACCAGACCAGACUCCUGAAGAGGACCUUGUAAUUGUCAAGGUAGAGGAAGAUCAUGGUUGGGACCAGGAAUCAAGUCUACAUGAAAGUAACCCUCCUGGCCAAGAGCUGUUCCGCCUGCGCUUCAGGAAGUUAUGCUACCAGGAGACACUAGGACCCCGAGAAGCUCUGAUCCAACUCCGGGCACUUUGCCAUCAGUGGCUGAGGCCAGAUUUGAACACCAAGGAGCAGAUCCUAGAGCUUCUAGUGCUGGAGCAGUUCCUGACCAUCCUGCCCGAGGAGCUCCAGACUCUGGUUAAGGAGCAUCAGCUGGAGAAUGGAGAGGAGGUGGUGACACUAUUGGAAGAUUUGGAAAGGCAAAUUGAUAUACUGGGACGGCCGGUCCCGGCUCGUGCACAUGGACAUAGGGUACUCUGGGAGGAGGUGGUGCAUUCGGAAUCUGCACCCGAGCCUCCAGAUACUCAGCCCCAACCUGUGGCAACCCAGCACAAAUCUCCAGUGCUCCAAGGGUCACAAGAGAGAGCCAUGUCUGCUUCACAGAGUCCUACCCCUUCCCAGAAAGGAAGUCCUGGAGACCAGGAGAUGACAGCUGCGCUUCUCACAGCAGGGUUCCAGACUUUGGAGAAGAUCGAAGAUAUGGCUGUUUCCCUAAUUCGAGAGGAGUGGCUUCUUGAUCCAUCACAGAAGGAUCUGAGUAGAGAUAACAGGCCAGAGAAUUACAGAAACAUGUUCUCCCUGGGUGGUGAGACCAGGAAUGAGAACAGGGAAUUAGUUUCGAAACAGGUAAUAUCUUCUGGAAUCCAGCCACAUGGAGAGACAGCUGCCAAAUGCAACGGGGAUGUUAUCGGGGGUCUUGAGCGUGGAGAAGCCCGAGACCUUCUGGGCACAUUAGAGAGGCAGCGGGGAAAUCCUACCCAAGAAAGACGGCAUAAAUGUGAUGAAUGUGGGAAGAGCUUUGCUCAGAGUUCAGGCCUUGUUCGCCACUGGAGAAUCCACACUGGGGAAAAACCCUAUCAGUGUAAUGUGUGUGGUAAAGCCUUCAGUUACAGGUCAGCCCUUCUUUCCCACCAGGAUAUCCACAACAAAGUAAAACGCUACCACUGUAAGGAGUGUGGGAAAGCCUUCAGUCAAAACACAGGCCUGAUCCUGCACCAAAGAAUCCAUACUGGGGAGAAGCCAUAUCAGUGCAAUCAGUGUGGGAAGGCUUUCAGUCAGAGUGCGGGCCUUAUUCUGCACCAGAGAAUCCACAGUGGGGAGAGACCUUAUGAAUGUAAUGAGUGUGGGAAAGCUUUCAGUCAUAGCUCACACCUCAUUGGACAUCAGAGAAUCCACACUGGGGAGAAGCCCUAUGAGUGUGAUGAGUGUGGGAAAACCUUCAGGCGGAGCUCACAUCUUAUUGGCCAUCAGAGAAGCCACACUGGGGAGAAACCCUACAAAUGCAAUGAGUGUGGGAGGGCCUUCAGUCAAAAGUCAGGCCUCAUUGAACAUCAGAGAAUCCACACUGGAGAACGACCCUAUAAAUGUAAAGAAUGUGGGAAAGCUUUCAAUGGGAACACUGGCCUCAUUCAGCAUCUGAGAAUUCACACGGGGGAGAAACCCUAUCAAUGUAAUGAGUGUGGGAAAGCCUUUAUUCAGAGGUCAAGUCUCAUUCGACAUCAGAGAAUCCACAUUGAAGAAAGACAGUAUAAAUGCAGUGAAUGUGGAAAGAAGUUUGCCCAGAGUUCAGGUCUUGUUCGACAUCGGAGAAUCCACACUGGAGAGAAACCCUAUGAGUGUGACCACUGUGGAAAAGCCUUCAGCGUGCGCUCAACCCUCACUGUGCAUGAAAGAAUCCACACUGGCGAGAAACCGUAUACGUGUAAUGAGUGUAGGAAAGCAUUCAGUGUGAGGGCACACCUGAUUAUACAUCAGAGAAUCCACAAUGGAGAGAAACCCUAUGAAUGUAAUGAAUGUAGCAAAGCAUUUAGUGUGAGCUCAGACCUUAUCAAACAUCAGAGAAUCCACUCUGGUGAGAAACCUUAUGAGUGUGAUGAGUGUGGAAAAGCCUUCAGCGUGAGCUCAGCUCUCAUCAAACAUCAAAGAAUCCACACAGGAGAAAAGCCAUAUGAGUGUAAGGAGUGUGGAAAGGCCUUCUAUGUGAACUCAGCUCUUAUCAAUCACCAAAGGAUUCAUUCUGGAGAAAAGCCUUUUAAGUGUGGAGAAUGCAGGAAAGCAUUCAGCCAGAUCUCAACCCUCAUUCAUCACCAGAGAAUUCAUACUGGAGAGAAACCAUACGAGUGUGACAAGUGUGGGAAAGCGUUCCGUGGGAGCUCUAAUCUUACAAAACACCAGAAAAUACAUGUCAAAGGAACGUGUCAUCAGUGAUUUAUAUGGUGAAGAUACUACAAAGGCUUUUUUUAAUAUCUGAAGUUAUCACCAAAAGAAGGAUGUGGUAAAAAUUAGUUUUAGUUAACACUUAGUUUCUUGAAUAUGGAAGAAAUGGGAAGUCAAUGAAAAAUGACUCCAUCAUCAUAAUGAUUGACUAAGGCUCUAAAAUCACAUCUACUUCUAAGAAUGCAGUUUUACAACUCAAGGACGGAAGUUUGCGGACACAGUCUUCUGGGUGGAAAAUACCCUUCUGGGAUCGGCACCAAAGUGAUGCCAUGUCCCACCCCAGACCAGCCCAACUGUGAAUCCUGAGCAGUAAGUGGUGUAACAAGUACUUAUGAGAGGGCUGGAAAAUCUUCGAAGGAGGAUGAAAUCUCGAAGAAAGAGUUCGACCACGUGAAACGAAUGAAGGAAGAUGGUGACUUCUGAUAUUAAACAAGGAGUCUGUUUCAAAGCAGAGUUUUCCAGAAUAAGUCUUAACACAGAGGGGGAUGAUGUUCAGAAGACUUAAGUGGGAACAUCGUCAGGGGCUCCACACUGGACAAGUUCAUGGGUUCUGAAUAAUUUACCAAAGUGAGGGAGGAGCCCCCUUGAGUAUGCAGUUUAUAUUGCCUAAGCCAAGGAGAGUAUCAUUCGGAUAAAGAGACCUAAGAUACCUGCCGAGGAGAAUUUGUCCUUAAGUUCAGUCCUGUCGAUGCUCUGGGCAUGGGAAAUCCUCUGUUCAGCUUGCACACAACUUCCAUCUUCAACUGUAAUAAAAGAAGCAUCCACUCAUUGUAAAGUGAAUGGAAGUCACUGAUCCAAAAACAUCCCUCCCUAAUAAAACAACACACACCAGCGGCCCUGACCAAGCACCAGCAUGUCCAGACUUCAAGAAAGCCCUUUGAGUAUCCUCAACCUGAAAAGACCUUCAGUGUAAUCCCAAGUCCCAUUAAACAACAGAGAAGCCAUCCUGAAAAUGAAAAUAAAGAAUGUGGUAAAACCUUCA